GGACGGGACGGGACGGGACGGGACGGGGAGCGGGGCCGGUGGAGCGGUGUCGGCCGCCGGGGGCUGUCUGCCGUGGCAGGAUGAAGCUGACCACGCAAGCUUACUGCAAAAUGGUGCUGCACGGCGCGAAGUACCCGCACUGCGCCGUUAACGGGCUGCUGGUGGCCGAACGGCCGUCGGGCGCUCCGCGUCGCGACCAGACCGGGCCUCCCUCGCUUUUCGUCGACUGUAUCCCGCUCUUUCACGGUACCCUGGCCCUGGCGCCCAUGCUGGAGGUGGCCCUCACCUUGAUUGACUCUUGGUGCAAAGAGAAUAGCUACGUGAUAGCUGGAUAUUACCAGGCAAAUGAACGCGUGAAAGAUGCCAGUCCAAACCAGGUUGCGGAAAAGGUGGCCUCCAGAAUUGCAGAGGGCUUUAACGAUACAGCGCUCAUAAUGGUUGAUAACACCAAGUUUACGAUGGAGUGCGUAGAGCCUGCCAUUCAUGUGUAUGAGCUUCAUGAGAACAAGUGGAGGUGCAAGGACCCGCACGUUGAUUUUUGUGAAGAUUGGACCGAAGCCCAGAGAAUCGCUGCAUCUCUCUUGGACAGCAAGUCCUACGAGACGCUUGUAGAUUUUGAUAAUCACCUAGAUGAUAUCCGGAACGACUGGACAAACCCAGAGAUCAACAAAGCUGUCCUCCACCUGUGUUAGAAGGGUUUCUACUGACUAAUUUAUGGGCAUUCCCACUAUGUACUGAAGAGACGAAAAUGCUAUUUUUGAAUGUAAAUAGAAUAAUAUUCAGUACCUUGUGUGGAAACCCGACUGAUUAAAAAGGAGUGGCACGUCACAUGGCAGAGCGAUGUGUCCGUAAGCCGUUGACUCUUUUUUGUGAGGUUCCUUGGAAGAACGGCAAACUGUCAGUUACAGCUGUCCUCGUGGAUGCCUUCCCAGUUGUAGCGAAUGUUGCUAUUCCUUCAAAACCCGAACUACUUCUGCUUGUUCCUACCGUUCGUAUUACAAAGUUUUGACUAAGUUUUUCUAAUCUUUAGAGAGGUUACUUUUUAAUGAUUUAUGGAAAUACCUUGUCCUCAGAUGAGAAAUUUUAAGGUCAAAUACAUACAAUGUAAGGUUAACGGUUUCUUUUGACCUGGCUUGGAAAUGUAAUUCUGUCGGCACAGUAAAAUGCCAACUGCUGAGGACGAUG